CCUCCAUUCAUUCUUACCACCUUAAUCCGCGUCUGUUGACAACUUGGAGGUUCCACGGUGACCAAGACUGCAGCCAACCGAACCAGCGCCCCCAAUGGCUAGAGAAACCACCACAUCGAGUCCUUCCGAUCCGCCAGCGGCCAUCUCUGAAGCCUUCGGAAGCAACCCAAAUUUGGAAGCCGACGAAGAUGAAACUAUUUCGACAAUCGACGAUCGACUCUUGAACUGUGCUGUCUCACUGUCCUCCAGCGUAGUUAACUACCCGGAAGAGUACGGCCGGCGCUACCAUGCUUUUCGGCCCGGAUCUUAUCUCAUGCCAAAUGAUGAGUUGGAAAUGGAGAGGCUCGACAUGACCCACGCUAUGAUGGUUCGGGCCCUCGGGAACAGACUUUUCCUUGCUCCUCUGGAAAAGCAUAAUGUUCACGAGAUUCUCGACAUUGGUACCGGCACCGGAAUCUGGGCGGUUGAGAUGGGAGACAUGUUUGAAAACGCUGCCAUCACCGGCGUUGACUUGAGCGCUAUACAGCCAUCCUGGGUGCCAUCGAAUGUCAGGUUUGAGAUCGACGACGUGGAAAGCUCCUGGCUUCACGGGAGGAAGUUUGAUUACAUAUUCUGCCGAUUCAUGGCUGCUUCCAUUGCGGACUGGCCGAAGCUCGUCAAGAACAUCUUUGAGCACCUCAAGCCGGGCGGCUGGGUAGAAUUUCAUGAUAUGGACCCCGAGAUCUACUCAGAGGACGGGACAUACACCGAGAAACACGCGACCUGGCAAUGGAAUCAGACGUUCCUGAGAACCAUGAGGAACAUCGGACGCGACCCUUGCCCGGGGCCGCAACUUGAGGGCUGGGUCAAGGAUGGAGGGUUUGACAACGUUUUCCACCAGAGGUUCAGGGCCCCAUUGGGUCCUUGGCCGAAGGACGCUUAUCACAAAGACCUGGGGAUGAUAAACUUGGCACAGAUGCUUGAUGGAUUGGAGGGCUUUACCUUGAGGGUGUUUUGUGGAGUGCUUAAACGGACCGAGGCGCAAGUCCUGGUUGAAACUGCAAUGGUGCGCAAAGAGAUGAAGGAGAACGCCUACAACGGCAUCUAUGACCUUCAUGUGGUCUAUGGACAGAAGCCCUUAGGGAUGUCCACACACUAUGGUUUCGAAGGGUUCUAGAUCUCUUCGAGCCCAUGAAGUAUAGCCUGACUGGCUUUUCAGUGAGAAAUUUGCUCAAUAAGGUGUUGUAAGAAUACAGGCAAGAAUAAUAUC